UGUGACAUAAUGACUCAGCUUGUAGGCGGCCUCUCCACCACGUCAAAAAGACCCCACCAGUUUGUCUGAAGUGAAAGCAGACUGCUGGCCCGUCCUCAAGUUUCACCGCCGCACAUUUGGAUCGUCACACGGCAUCCAAACAUUCCCAGAGAUGAGUCCUGCCUUUGAACUAGAAAUACUCAAUUUCAUGAAGUGGAUGUGAGAAUCGUUGGACUCUUGCUCCAUAUGAGGAAAAAAGUAAGUGGUUUCUUCUUUUCUUUUUAAUUUCAAAUUGCUACUUUUUGAUUUUUAUUGUUUAUUUUUUUUGUCAAACAAAUGUCCUGCAGAAUAGCGUGCAUUAAAGAGUCAGAAUGUAGCAAUGCCCAUAAUGAAGAAUGUUCCAGUUUUAGCUGCAUUUAGAGAAUAUAGUGCUGCUUUUGCACUUUCAAAAAGAGAGUUGUGAAGAAUUGCCACAAUGAAGUGAAUCCAAAUGUGAAGCAACUAUUUUGUUGUUGUUUGAUCCUGCUUGUUACCUUCUAAAAAUUAAAUUCACAAACUAUCGUUUUGGCAACUUUUGCUUAAAACCACCAAAGCAUGUAAGCUUCAGUUUUACUCUUGUAAGCUUUGCUUUCUGUCAGUCUGCUGGAUAAUUAAUCAGCUGCAACUGACAUGAGUUUCCACUGGAAUUUCUUCUUGCUAUACAUGAUAACAUCUCUAAAAUGCCAGUAAGGCAUGUAACCCUGCUCACCUCAUGCCUGGAGGUGGACAGUGUUCCUGUGYCGACAGAUUGCUCCGAUACCUGGAGGUAAUUUAUUGGUUGUCACAUUGGUUUAGCAGGACUAAUGUCAAUCCAAAGUAUUUAUUACAGUAAAGGCACAUGCGUGUGACCUGUAUCUUUUAUCUCCAGAUCUUCAACACAACUUGUUUCCUCCUAAGUUUGUUUUCCACUUUAAGUCUCUGCUCUGGAAAGUUCGGAACACCGAUAACUGACGAUGUGAACAAGCUGUCAGUGUUGAAGCAGAAUAUCCCCUCUGAUUAUGAGAUUCCUGUUACCCACAUUCCCAAAGAAGUGGCUGGCACAUGCUGGGUGGUUUUAAAUAUCUAUCCACUGGAGCAAAGUCUUCGAAAGCUGGCCAACAUGUUUGGUACCGUCUCCUCCAACAAAGAUAACAUAAUGGUGUUUAUCGCGAUGCUCAAGAGCCUGCGCUUCACCUUUGACCACGGGGAACUUGAAACGGCGAUGCAGGUCUUCCGCUGUCACUAUCAGGAAGAGACCUUGCAGUCCGGUCUUUACUUCGACUACAUCCAAGACCUCUUGCAGGCUGCCACUCAAGGAAAAUCCAGCCUCUCGUGCAAGCCGCCACCGUGCCGCAAUCAGCAGCUAACGCCAGAGGGUCAGGAGGAGGGUCGCAGACAAAGCUGGUCAAAGAGAGCUCCCCUGCUUUUGGUGCUGAUCCCCUUUAUAGCCUGCGUUGUUCUCAUAGUGUGGCAGGUCAAGUCCGGAGGCCGUUUGAUGGCGUGCAACACUUUAAACGGCCAAAUGGCAACUCCUGACAUGAUCCCAACUGUGUCUAUCUCCAUCCCACUUCAAACACUCACCCACGCCGCUGACAGUCAGCCAGCGGGGGAGGCAAUCUCAGAACAUGAAAGUGGAUGAAGCAUGAUGAGGCAUAGAUUAAACGAGUGUGGUCUGUCACUUUUUGUGCUUGCACUCCUCUGAGUGGAUGCACCGGAGCUGCCGGAGGAGAGAAAACCUGGGUCUGCUGCAACGGCAGGCGUGUCGCAAAAAUUCUGCAGGCUCUCCGGUCRAGGCAGGAGUUCUCCUUUCGGGCCAGCCGGUGAAGAAUCUGAAUCACACCUUUGGAGAUUUCUUUGUUGUUUCAAAAUGGGACGGCUGUACAAUCAGUCAAAACACCGAUUUCUAACCGGCUGACAUCUACUGAAAUGCACGAGGAGUUCAUGCAGGAAGUUCACAUCUGCAGAAAAACAACCGAAGUGAUGAAUACAGCUUUUCUUGUACUGGUUGUUGACAUUGUUGUGAUCUGUGAUCUGUCACAAAUUAUCAACCUAAUAGUCACAAACAACACUCGGAGGAGUUCAACAAGUGUCCCGCUUUAUGAAUCAAAGAUCUGACCAGAUGGCAGCCUGCCACGGCCUGAGGCGCUUUGAAUCCUCUCAUUGUGUUUCGGAGCUAUUGCCCAGUGAUCUAUAGCUGCUCCUCAAGCCCACUGCGAGUGUGUUCGAGUUUUUUUUUUGUGCCUCAUUCACAGAGUCAAUCACGUUCAGUCAUGAGAACAUGACUCCCCGAGUGUGAGCGCUCUUGUGCUGCAUGUGUCAGAGAGAGGGAGCAAGAGAUAGGACAGACACGAGGAGGAAAAGUGAGGGAGAUACAGACAGAUAGAUGAACGGAUGAGCUCAGUGUGAUGCAUAAGGAGGGCUUGUUCUCGUCACAAAGGAGUAGGCCGUAGGGUGGAGGAAAUGCCAGUUGCAAACAUGACCAAUGUCGACUGAUCCCUAUGAAUCAGUGGGCCAAGAAUCUCUUCAGACCGCAGGCUAUAUGGCUCUGCAGGGGCUAGUUAGUAUUUCAGUAACAGUUCAUCAUUUAGAUCCCAAACAUGCCAAAUAAAAUAUGGAUACAUCAGUAUUAAAUGUUUUUAUGGGGUUAAACAUUUAGAAUAGAGCUCAGUGUCUGACUUUCASGUUUGUAAUUUGUGAAAAAUGUGGGUUUGUGAUGUAUUUAAGUUAUUCUAGUAAAAGAUGAAUCUUUUUCAAAAAGUAAUAAACUUUUUUCUACAAUCACAAUGUUUCAAAUGAUUAAUAUUAUGAAUGCAUAAAGCUAAAUGAGGGAAAUGUUUGAGUAGACAAUUGACAUAAAAUAAAUAAUAAUUGUAUCUCAAAGACAUUAUUUAAAUAAUGUAGAUUUGGGAGUCUUGUGGAAUUUAUUUUAUGAAUCAUGAAUAAAGAUUUGAUGACUCGA